AUGCGGAAUGUAUUUUAUACAUAUGGAACCAUAUGGCUGUGUUUAGAAUUAUUAGCUUUAUCUAUUUAUUGUACAGAAUCUUUUAAAGAUACUGAUGACACUGAAGAUGAGCCAGAAGUAUACACAUUGUCCGAUGAAAAGCGGUUAAUUAAACGUCUCCUGAAAAACUAUGAGGCAGCAGGGAUUACUGGUCGUCCAGUUAAGCACACAUCUGAAAAGGUAAUCGUAGAAAUGUCUCUUUCAUUAAUACAAAUAUUGGAUUUGGACGAGAAAAACCAGGUGCUUACCACAAGCGUAUGGCUGAAUUACCGCUGGACUGAUCACAUUCUCAAGUGGAAUCCUGAAAACUACUCAAAUAUUAAUGAAGUACGUGUACCAUAUAGACACAUAUGGACACCAGAUAUUGUGCUAUAUAAUUAUGCUGAUGAGAGACUGAAGGAAAUGCGUGAUGCAAUGAUUAUUGUUCAACACACUGGUGAACUUUUUUGGAUGCCACCUGCCAUCUUCAAAUCCUCGUGUAAAAUUGAUAUAAAAUCAUUUCCAUUUGAUGAGCAAAUAUGUCAUCUUAAGUUUGGUUCUUGGACAUAUGAUGGAAAUAAACUGGAUGUUAAUUUCAUUAAAAAUGAAGCACAAGUUCUACUAAGUGAUUACACAGAAAGCAAUGAGUGGGAGAUAAUAGCUUGUCCAGCCUUAAGAAAUGUAAAGUCCUAUCCAUGUUGUCCAGAAUUCUAUCCUGAUUUGACAUUUUUUCUUUUUUUAAGAAGAAACGCUGCAUUCUUUUCUUACAUCUUGGUUCUACCCUGCGUUCUACUGGCAUCAUUAACGCUUGUUAUAUUUUGGUUACCUCCAGAAUCUCCAGCUAAAAUGGUUCUUGGAAUGAAUAUAUUUGUGGCAUUCUUUCUGUUGCUAUUAUUGUUAGCCGACUCAACACCUCAAGCUUCAAACAGUGUGCCAUAUAUUGGAUACUAUUACUGUUUGAACAUGAUUUUAAUUACCUUAUCCUCCUUCUUGUCAGUGAUAGUAAUUAAUCUCUAUUUCCGUGGGGAUAGACGUAAUCGCGUCCCAUUAUGCUUGAGAAAGAUUUGUCACUUCCUAAAUGGUGUCUGUGACGGCAAAUGUAGUUGUACUGAUGGCAGCAAAGAUCCGACAACGAAUGUAAUCACUACUGUCUUUGAAACUAUAAGUGCUAAUAAAAAUAAAACUGACUGUGAAUCCCAACUGAUACAAAUAAAAAAAUCAGCUUUAGUUAAUUCGAUCAGUGAUCCACAAGAUCCAUCAAAGUGCAUUGAAAGUACUGGUGGGAUGAGACGUUCUAAAAAAGGUAGAACGCGUUUUGCUACUGUAGAAGAAAACACUGGAUUAAAAACUUUAAUUGUUGAUAACUACAAUUAUGAUGCAAUUCCUGUUGAACAAAAGAGGUAUCGACCAAAUCAACGUCACUGUGAAACACAAACUGAAACAGUUAACUAUAGAGAAUUAGACGUUCAGCCAUCACUAACAACAUGUCAUCCUUAUUCUAAGCUGUCAAAAACAAGAAGUCGCUCACUGACGCCUUCCAAGUUUAAUGAUUGUGAUGUUUUAGGAAAUAUGCAGCAUUCAAACGCAUGUUGUCAGCACCACUGUAGAGCGUGUGCAUCAAAAAUACCUGGUAAUGUCUGUGAUACUCUACCUUUAAUAACUACUUCUACAAAUCCAAGAUCUGUUCAUACAAGAGUGCAUAGUUCAAAACACGGAAAACAUCCUGAAGAUUGUGAUGUAUGUAAACAGCACCUUAAUGCACUGAUGUUUAAAACAAACCCCUAUGAUUACCUAUCAAUGAAUCGUCAUUCCAUGGCUAACACAAAUGUUACAUUAGAUACAAACUCAAUUUGUUCUCAUGUACGAUAUGAAUAUAGGAAUGGUAGACCAGCACUGAUAUCUCCACGUGGGCGUAAUUAUACAGAUCAUAAUGAAUAUACUUCCAAUUAUUCAGGUGUGCAGUCAAAAUUACCUUCAAUAAUUAGAAGUACUCCCCAUUCAUCGAUCAGUGCUACUUCAACGAUUACAACGAUAAAUACUGAUAAAACUCUACAACAGUUGCAACUAUCAUCAACCCUAAUAUUGCUUAUGAAAAAUAUGGAGAAUGAAGUUGAAGAUAUUCGUUCCAUUGUCAAGUCAUUUCUGAGCAGAGUGGACAAAAAAGAUGCUGAGAAUGUUAUCAUCAAAGAAUGGCGUAUGAUAGCCAUCGUAAUGGAUCGCAUAUUUUUUAUAUGUUAUUUAAUUAUACAUUUGUGUGCAGCAUUCGGUCUACUAAUACCUCGUUCGUCUGAAUAUAGUGUCGUGGAGUUCCUGAGAGAAUAUCGACUAAAAAAUUACAAUUCAAGCUUUAUGGAGAACGAAACAAUUAUAACAAAUAACUUUCAGACAACAACAGUAUUGCCUAAUACCGAUAAAGUUAUUGACAUAGCACAAAUUAAUCAACAAAUAAACUUUCCUGAUACUAAAACAUCAACUACUUUAGAUUUGACCGCAAGUGAAAAGACGAAAAUUCAAGAAUUUGGUUCUUCUGUUUCUGUAGGACGAAAAUCUACUUAUGAUUCAUCAGAUUCUUUGGACAGUAUGACAGGUUAUUUAUCGCCUUAUCAACGUUUAGUUGACCAACAGACAAGUCCUUUGCGCAUUUCAGAAAAUAUUGAUGGUGGAAAUGUUAUUUAUCGAAAUUCUGAACGGUCACAAAAAUCACCGAAUCGUUUUCGGAAGAGAAAUACUGAAAUAAGAAAGAGGCCUCCUGGAGAUCCUUAG